CUCAAUCCCAGGACCCUGGGAUCAUGACCUGAGCGGAAGGCAGACGCUUAACGACUGAGCCACCCAGGAGCCUCUAAAAACAACAAAGUGUUUAAACAGGGAACAAAUCUGAUCUACAUUAAAUAAGAAUUGUUCAGUAUGUGGUAUCCAGAAUGAAUUGAAGGGGAACAAGGCUGGGUGUGGACGAUCUGGCUGGCGAAGGUGGGGUUGGAGAGAGUGUGUGUUUAUGGGAUGUACUAACAGAGCUAAGGAAAAGAGGAAUCACAGAAGACACAAGUGGGGCCAAGCUUCUUCAUGUUUGCCAGCCAUUUGCCUUUCUUCUUCAUGCUCUCUUUGACUUCGAAGCCAUGUAGGUAGACGACCUGUGUCCCCCUGGGUGCCAGACUCUGGAGUCUGAACACCGUGGACAAGAUGGUGAGCGCUCUGUUGACAGGGACCCUGCGCUUUGCAACCCGUGCCCGGUGCACCUGGCCACCGCGCGACUGGCCCGGGCAGGCAGGUGAGGAAGAGGAGAAACAGGUGUGGUGUGGCGAGAAGUCCCACGACUGGGGAGCUGAGGGCGCAGAAAGAACUGAGCACGGGACAGACACAGCCCCCGGGGAGUCCCGGGAUUACUGCCGGGGAUUCCUGCUGGCCCCCCCUCCAGCGCGGGCGCCGAAGUUGUGCAACUACCGAGGCAGCAGCCGGCCCAGGUCGGAGCUCCCGCCCCGAGGCCAAGAGGCGCAGAGCAGCAGGACGGGGCGGAGGGGCCGUCCUUCCCUCGCCUUGUCUCCAAGCUGGCGGCCGCCAAAAACCGAAAGCAAAACCUGCCUGCCGGGCCCCGCCUCGCGGCCCGCGCCGUGCCAGAUCCGGGCCCUGCCGGCCGCCGAAGGCGCGUCUCUCCUCCGCCAUGGCAUCAGGUUUGAAAGGCAAGGAAUCCAAAACUUCUGAAAGAACAGCUGCAGUUGCUGGUCAUUCGGUUGGCCUUUUUAAUGAUAAAUUACUGACCACAGUAGUGAAGACUCACUUCCAGGAUAUUAAGAAUGAAAGCAGAAUUGUUGAAAAUGUGAUAUAUCCAACAAGAACCAGAGGAGUUGAAAAUGUGGCCUUCAAAGGAAAAAAAGGUACAGAGAAUGUCAACAGAAAACAGGAACACUGUCAGGCAGAAGAGCUUGGACCCUCUCAGUUCAGUGAAAAGGUCUUCAGCUCUGUAAAAGCUAUUCUCGAUCUUUCUGUUUUUCGGAGUCAAGUCCCUCUAGAAAGUCUGGUAAUGGACCUGAAAAGGAAAAACCCAACUUUAUGCUUCAGUCCUUUGGAACCCAAUGGAAGAAUCUCCAUCCAAGGAUCAUUUCUGGCUAUGCAGAAACUCAAAGAAUCUUUGCUAUUAAAAGCAAGUUCUCUUUUAGAAAAAAACAGGAAUUUUAUCAGUGAGGAGAAAAGAUGGAAUAGGCAGAACUCCAGAAGGCAGCUCCAGAGAAGUAGCUCUUUGGAGUCACUCGGGUCCUCAGUAUCUGAGGCCACCAAGAGAGGAGAAACGCUUGUUCUUGACACAGAUAUUUUCCUUUACCUCAAAAAGAGCAGAUUUUAUGAAAGCACAUUGAAAAACUGUCAUGUUUUCUGUGAGGAAAGAGUGGAUGGUGCAGUUACCACAAUUUGUAUAAAAAAUGCUCAAGAAUGUUCUCAGCCAAACAAUGCAAAGGUUGUAAAAGCACUUUUUGAGGAAUAUUCACUUGCUCUUCACUUCGAGCUUAGAAAGGAGACACUUACUUUGAAAGGAAAGGAGAGUCGAAAUAAAAGAAAUAUUAAGUUGGCAUGUGAACAGCUAAGUUCGAGGUUCCCUCAGGUUCUGAUAAAUUUUUAUGAGACACACAUUGACAUUAUAGGAUCUUCUUCUGACACAAACUUGUUUAAAAAAGAGGUCAUGAAAUUAAUAAGGUUAGACAGGUGAUGAGAUCUCAGCUGUAAUAAUGACAAUGGCAGUUGCUUUUCCUUACUGAGUAGUGACGAUGCUGUAACUGACGCUGGCUCUACACACAUGAUCUCAUUUAAUCCUCGCAACCAUCCUUCAGUGUAGGCAUUGCUAUCCUCAUGUUGUAGGGGAAGAACCUAGGACUUGGAGAGGUUAAAACUUUUGUCUGGAGUUAUCCAGUGGGCAAGGAAUGGGGCUGGGGUUAAACUCAGCCUAUCUGACUACAAAAUGCUGGCAAAACUCUCUUGAGAAGCUACUUUGAUUGAAAGUACUUCCGAAGCAGGUAAUCAUUACUUGACUAAAUCCGAUUGGUACGAGGCCACUGGACCAUAUGGGACAUUUUUAUUGUUGCUUAUUUAGCCUAAGUACCUAUAGAAAAUGUUGGUUCUGUUAGAAUUAUGAAGAAUUACAAAGUAUAGUGUCUUUUUUCUUUAUUCCCCCCUUUAUUUUAUAAUUGUAUGGUUAAAGUAAUAGCAUUUAAGGAAUAAAAUCAUGGGUGCUUCCUUAAAGAUGACGGAAGGAUUUGAAAAUUCAUUGCUGGGGUGCCCGGGUGGCUCAGUCGUUAAGCAUCUGCCUUCGGCUCAGGUCAUGAUCCCAGGGUCCUGGGAUCGAGCCCCGGAUCAGGCUCCCUGCUCUGCGGGAAGCGUGCUUCUCCCUCUCCCAUUCCCCCUGCUUGUGUUCCCUCUCUCGCUCUGUCUCUCUCUGUCAAAUAAAUAAAUAAAAUCUUAAAAAAAAAAAAAGACAAUUUAUUGCUGAAGAAGGGAAAACAAGAGCUUGUAAGUUAUUUGGUUGUCUAUGACUCCCCUGAAUUUAACUUUGGGAUAGUUUUAAGUGCCUAGGGCAUAUUAUCCUAGGAUAAUAAAAUGUAUAUAUCUUGCUCAUCUCAAAGUAAAUAAAUGUGAUCAUGAUGAUGUAAACUGUUUAUAUUAAAAGGAAACAUAAGACAACUCUCUCUCUAUGCUUUCAUUUUUCUUAGCCAUCUAAAUCCCAAAUAUUUCCGUCUUUUAAAAUACGGUAUUUCGUUGUUUGAAUAAACUUUUUUUUUUGUCAUGGCAAGCUGCUGUUUAUAUCAAGUACCCAAUAAGAUGUCUUUAAAUUAAAAAGAUGCUUCAUUUUUA